AACAUUAUUGAUUAUAUAGAUACAUAGGUACUUAACGAUCGUUAGUUUUUAUUAUGAAGUCGAGUUCGCCUUACGUGUGAGGAGUAUUCAUGGAUACUUUAUCAGUUGAAACAAGUGAAAAAGAAGCUUUAAUCAGCGAUGUAGGGGACGCAGUUAUAUUCUCCGGUAUGCAAGGAGAUGAUGAUAUUCCGGGAAUUGGCCAGUAUGAUGAUUUUCACACUAUCGAUUGGCAAAGAGACAUUGCUAGAGAUCGUAUGCGACAUAGAUAUAUUGUAAAAAAGAGACAAGAUUCAAUAUGGGAUCUAAUAAAAGGAGCACACGAUGCCUGGUCAGGGUGGGUAUGUGUUCUCCUAGUGGGAGUCUGCACAGGUGUUGUAGCAGGUGUUAUAGACAUUGGUGCUUCCUGGAUGACAGACCUCAAGUUCGGCAUAUGUCCACAAGCAUUCUGGUUCAACAGAGAACAGUGCUGUUGGUCAAGUAAUGAAACCACGUUUGAUGAUGGCAAUUGUUCACAGUGGCUGACGUGGCCACAGGUAUUUGGGGAGUCUCGAGAAGGAGCGGGUGCUUACAUCAUCAGUUACUUGUUCUACAUAGUAUGGGCACUGGUGUUUGCAGCGUUAUCUGCCUCGCUCGUGCGAAUGUUCGCACCCUACGCCUGUGGAUCUGGUAUUCCGGAGAUCAAGACUAUCCUGAGCGGUUUCAUCAUUAGAGGUUACCUGGGCAAGUGGACGCUCAUCAUCAAGGUCGUAGGGUUGAUCCUAUCUGUAUCAUCAGGCCUGUCUCUAGGGAAAGAGGGGCCUAUGGUUCAUAUAGCUAGUUGCUUAGGCAACAUUCUAUCGUACCUGUUCCCGAAGUACGGACGUAACGAAGCGAAGAAGCGCGAAAUCCUAUCUGCGGCAGCGGCAGCCGGAGUAUCAGUCGCUUUUGGAGCUCCCAUUGGAGGAGUACUGUUCAGUUUAGAGGAGGUCUCUUACUACUUCCCGCUAAAGACUUUGUGGCGAUCAUUCUUCUGCGCUCUGAUUGCGGCGUUUAUACUGCGCUCGAUCAAUCCAUUUGGAAACGAGCAUUCUGUGCUCUUCUUUGUAGAGUAUAACAAGCCAUGGAUCUUCUUCGAGCUCAUACCCUUCGUGGGGCUAGGGAUAAUUGGUGGUUGUAUAGCGACGAUCUUCAUAAAAGCUAAUAUCUGGUGGUGCCGCUACCGCAAGUAUUCAAAGCUCGGUCAGUACCCUGUGACCGAAGUACUGGUGGUGACUUUAGUGACGGCAGUACUCUCGUACCCAAAUCCGUACACCCGAAUGAAUACAAGUCAACUCAUCUACCUGCUGUUCAACCAGUGCGGCAUCUCCAAUUCGGAUCCCCUGUGUGAUUAUGACCGCAACUUUACUGACGUGAAUUCUGCAAUCGAGAAGGCAGCUGCCCGGCCCGGUGUGUACAAUGCCAUUGGACUGUUGUUCCUUGCGUUACUGCUCAAGUUGGUGAUGACGGUGUUCACUUUUGGCAUCAAGGUGCCAUGCGGUCUAUUCAUACCGAGUCUGGCUCUGGGAGCCAUUGCAGGACGGAUUGUUGGCAUAGGUGUGGAGCAAUUAGCGUUCCAUUACUCAAAGAUAUGGCUGUUCUCGGGCGAGUGUCAGACGGGGGUGGACUGCAUCACUCCCGGACUGUACGCGAUGGUGGGAGCAGCGGCGGUACUGGGCGGUGUCACCAGAAUGACGGUUUCACUGGUGGUGAUAAUGUUCGAGCUGACCGGUGGGGUCAGAUAUAUAGUGCCAUUGAUGGCGGCAGCUAUGGCCAGCAAGUGGGUGGGUGACGCCCUCGGCAGACAGGGCAUAUACGAUGCGCAUAUAGCACUAAAUGGAUAUCCGUUCCUCGAUAGCAAGGAUGAGUUCCAGCAUACCUCACUUGCUGCAGACGUGAUGCAACCCAAACGAAACGAAACCCUGGCGGUGAUCACGCAGGACUCCAUGACUGUGGAUGACGUGGAGACGCUGUUGAAAGAGACUGAACACAAUGGAUAUCCGGUAGUUGUUUCCAAAGAGUCGCAGUAUUUGGUCGGUUUUGUUCUGCGACGAGACCUGAAUCUCGCUAUAGGUAAUAUAAUUUAAUUAUAUCCACAUACUACAACAGUUUCUUGUAACAAUGUAUAUUGUCUAGUGUUUAUUUUUUCAUAAUUUUAUGAUAG